AAAAAAAUAAACAAUAAAAUGGCACCGCACACCAGCUACACGCCCGUUGGAGGUAUGGAGUACGAAGAACCGGUAUCGCGGACUUAUCAAUAUCGGAAGGUGAUGAAGCCGAUGCUGGAGCGAAAGCGAAGGGCGCGGAUAAACCGCUGCCUCGACGAGCUGAAGGACCUCAUGGUCACCGCGCUGCAGGCCGAGGGCGAGAACGUCGCGAAAUUAGAAAAAGCCGACAUCCUCGAGCUGACCGUACGGCACCUCCACACCCUGCGAGCCGCCCGCCGUCUCACCCUCACACCUGAGACCAGCUACGCCGAUCGGUUCAGGGAAGGGUUCACCCAGUGCGCCCAGGAGGUCUCGACCUUCCUUUCCACCCCCGUCGCCGCCUCCGUUCACCCCGCCGCCGGUGCUCAGCUGAUGCGCCACCUCGGCGGGUGUCUGAGGAGACUGGAGCAGCCCACCACCCCCGUCGCGAUGCCUACUACUACCACCACCACCACCACCGCCGCCACCCCCGAGGCCAACACCGUCCCCCAGAACACCUACACGCCACCCCAGAGUCCCGUCAGCGUCGCAAGUUCGUCAGGAGAGUCAUCCGAGUCGUCGACGUCAUCGAGUUUGCCCGUUUGGCGACCAUGGUAGAGGAGGAAUU